CCUCCCGCCGCCCCCCCGAUCCCGGCCCCGGCGCGCAGGGCGCGGGGACAUGGCAGGGCCCCGCCGGCCGCCCCGGCCCCAGCCCCGGCCCCGCAGCUAGCGCCCGGCACCAUGCGCCUGCGGGGGCCCCGGCGCCGCCCCGCGCCCGCCGCCGCCGCCGCCUGACCGCGCCCCGCUCCGCCCCGAGCAGGACCAUGAGUGAACAGAGUAUUUGCCAAGCCCGGGCUUCAGUUAUGGUCUAUGACGAUACCAGUAAGAAAUGGGUGCCAAUAAAACCUGGACAGCAGGGAUUCAGCAGAAUCAACAUAUACCACAACACCGCCACGAACACCUUUAGAGUAGUUGGAGUUAAACUACAAGAUCAACAAGUAGUGAUUAAUUAUUCAAUUGUGAAAGGAUUGAAGUACAAUCAAGCAACACCCACCUUUCACCAAUGGCGUGAUGCACGGCAAGUAUACGGCUUGAACUUCGCAAGCAAAGAAGAGGCUACCACAUUCUCCAAUGCAAUGCUGUUUGCUCUCAAUAUCAUGAACUCCCAGGAUGGAGGUCCAACUACCCAGCGCCAGGUGCAGAAUGGACCCUCUCCAGAUGAAAUGGAAGUGCAGAGAAGGCAAGUGAUGGAGCAGCAGCAGCAGCAACAGCAACGCCAGGAGUCUCUGGAAAGAAGAACCUCUACCACAGGCCCCAUCCUUCCACCUGGUCAUCCUAGUGCUGCUGCUGCAAUCCCUGCAUCAUCCAGUGGACCGCCGCCUCCGCCACCCCCGCCAGUACCUCCUCCACCAAUGGGGGCUGCCCCGCCUCCCCCACCUCCACUGCCAGCAGGUGGAGCACAAGGUGCUGGCACUGAUGACGGGUCAACGUCGGGAUUCGCAGCAGCUCUGGCUAGUGCCAAAUUACGGAGAGUACAGCGGCCAGAAGAUGGUUCAGGAGGCUCCAGUCCCUGUGGGGCCUCUAAGAGUGAUGCCAAUCGAACAAGUAGUGGUGGAGGCGGAGGAGGACUAAUGGAAGAAAUGAAUAAAUUACUGGCAAAAAGGAGAAAAGCAGCAUCUCAGUCGGACAAGCCAGCUGACAAAAAGGAAGAGGAAAGCCAAAAUGAAGAUGCUAGCACCUCGCCUUUGCCUGUUACACGAGGUCCCAGCCAGCCACAGAAUUCUUCAGAACCAGGGAAGAAGCCAUGGGAAAGAAGCAAUUCUGUUGAAAAGCCUGUAUCUUCAUUACUCUCUAGAAAUCCGUCAGUGACGAAGAGUCCAGAUGUUAAGAGCCCAGUACAAUCUCAACCACCUUUUAGGAUGAAGCCAGUAAGCAGCAGCAAUGAUGUGGCUAUGGAUGCCUUAGAUUUUGAUCGAAUGAAACAGGAAAUAUUGGAGGAAGUUGUAAGAGAGUUACACAAAGUGAAAGAAGAGAUAAUUGAUGGUCAAAUACUGAUGGACCUGAACUCCAGGUACCAACAUGCAGACUCCCCUAUGAAGCAGCCAAAUGAAAAGAACAGCACCCAUGGAAGCCUCAAGAACUCCCAGCCGGCAGAGCAGUGAACUUCAGUGCCACAGAGCAGCUAGAACCAGCAGCUGACAGGGGGGAUAAAUGAGCAAACACUAGAAACAUCCCCUUAGAAAAAUGUUAGGAAUCACCCAUUAUUACCAGAAGUUUUUUUAAUGAGAUACUGAACGAAAAAAAGUCUUCUGAAACCAGGAGAGCAGCUCAUAUUGCAGUAAUCCCAAAACCUAGUAAGGAUUUAUCUACUUGUGCUUCAAGCAGACCUAAUUCUUUACUGAAGACACACAAAACUUGUCCUUGGUUUUAGCAGAUUAAAAAUACUCCCUUAAUACAUUAACCAAACAGGGUUCAUUAAGAAUAAGUAGUUGAUUGAUAAUAUCCACAGUAUUAGAUUUGAUUUUUUUAUUCCAAAUCAAUUAAUGAACCCCACCUAUUUUACCACUGGAUCCUGAAAAUGGUUUUGAUUGAGUCAAUUGGCAGUUUAGGAAAAAAACCCCCAACAAAUAGAUGCUUUUGGACUAGAAACAACAUUUCAAAACUGGAUAUCAGCUCCACAUAUAGAGCUGUAAAAAUAAAUGGACACUUGUCAGAAACAUUUCUUAUUUUAAGAAUUAUGUGCCCUGGAUGCCCAUUAUCACCCCUCUGUUUUGUUUCAGUAACAGAACCAUUUGCCCAUUAGUCGGAAAUAAUCUGAAUAUACAGGGAAUAAACAUAGGACAAGAAGAAUAUAAAUUAGCAUGAUAUGCAGAGGGUAUUAUGUUAUUCAUUACAAAACUAAUUAACACUAUGUGAACUACAAAAAAUAAAUAAUUUUAAAUCCUGAAACUUUGCCAUAUUUUAAGUAAAUUAUGAAACAUCAGAACUCCUAGACAUAGGUAAGGGUGGGCAAUUAUUUUAGGCAGAGGGCUGCUUACCAAGUUUUAGCAAGCUGUUGAGGGUUGCAUGGGUAGCCCCGCCCCUUGACAGGUGCCAUGCCCCUGAUCGCUACCUUGUGACUGGAAGUCCCGCCCCCUAACCCUGAUCUUUGCCACCAGAAGUCCCUCCCCUUGCCCCCCAGAAGUACUCAUUUCAACAAGGGGUUUUGCCAUCUCAGAACCAGAAAAAUACCAAAUUAUAUUUUAAAAAUUAAACAUUUACAACAUUCA